CGGUCGCAACGGGAUAACGGGCACCGGUACACGUCUGCCCGGAACAAGCAUGGCGGCCUCUGCCCGGAACAAACAUGGUGGCCACCCGCCCUGCGCCAUCGGGAGGGAGGGCGGUGUUGCCCGAUACCAAAAUGGCGAUCAGGGGCUCGGCGUGGCCGCGCUUCCGCUCUAAGCAUGCGCGGAGGUGGUGUUGGUGCGGCGCGUCUGUGAUGUCAUCGCGCUGCGCCGUCGCGGGGAAGAGACCACGUGGAAAAUGGAGGGGGAGAGCGGGGCGGCCCCGGGGCCCGAGAGACCCAACGGGGCGGCCCCGGUACCGGCCCCCGCUCCAGCCCCGGCCUCGGCUCCAGCCCCGGCCCGGCGGCGUCGUAAAGCUGGGAAGAAUCGAAAGGAAGCGGCAGCGGCGGUGCCUGCGAUCCCGCGGGGGCGGCCCAAAUCGGGGAGGGUGUGGAAGGACCCGGGCAAGAAGAGGUUCUCACACAUGAUCCAGGACAAGGCCCUUCGCUCCUCCUGGGCGAGGAAGAUGAAGGAGCGGCAGGAGAAGAAGCUGGUCCAGGACCUGGCACGGCAGCUGCAGGAGGCGAAGCAGAGAGAGAGGGAGGAGAAGAAGCGUCGCCGGGAGGAAAACCUGAAGCGGCGGCUGGAGAACGAGCGGAAAGCAGAGAUUGUCCAAGUGAUCCGUAACCCGCUGAAGCUCAAACGGGCCAAGAAGAAGCAGCUGCGGCGGGUGGAGAAGCGGGACACGCUGGCCCUGCUCCAGAAAACGCCCGUGCGGUGCAAAACAGCCGCGGAUUGAGACGGGGAGCACGGCACCGCGGGUUUCGGCGGGUCCCCCCACUCCCCGGGGACAAUGCUCCGUGUUGGAUGGACAUUGGGGCAGGAACCGGCUGCUGGACCCCCUGCCCUGUGUGGGUGACAACCAGGGGCUGGAGGAACUGCUUCACCUGCCCAAAUCUGCUUUUUCUUCAUAAAAAUGAAAAGGAACUGA